AUGAAAGGAGUGAUACAGUUUGGAAAGAAAGGAAAACUAAGCCUAAGAUAUAUUGGUCCAUUUACUAUUACUGAGAGAAUUGGAAAUGUUGCAUACAAACUUGACCUUCCUUCAUCAAUGUCUCAAGUGCACAAUGUGAUUCAUAUGGAUAUAAAACCAUAUUUGACUUACGAAGAAAAAUCGGUAGAGAUCCUUCAACGAGAGAUAGAGCAACUGAGAAGCAAGAAAACUCCAUUGGUUAAGGUUAAACAAAUGUUGGAGAUUGGCUUGAUAAGUAAUGGGAAUAUUGAAAAGGUUGGAGUUAGUAUCGACAAAUAUUCAAGCCUUCCAUUCAGUUGA